UCACUCGAAGAGUUCCAGGAACGCGACAGCGGGUGGGCAUUGUCGCGAAUCCUCAAUUUGAUAGUGAAUGUGAACAAAUUAAAUCCCAUGCGCGCGGGAUGUUACUUCGAAGUGCCGCGGGAAAUUGCGACGAAACGAGCGGUGAUCAAUGUUAAUACGAUGGACAAUGCGUGCUUCGCGUGGUCGGUGGUCGCCGCUCUGUACCCGGCUGAAAAGCAUGUGGAGCGAGAGUCGUCGUAUCUGCAUUAUACGGCGGUGCUGAAUCUCGCGGGUAUCGAAUUUCCGAUAACGUUCAAAGACAUUCCGAAAUUCGAACGGUUGAACGCGGUGUCGAUCAAUGUAUACGGCAUCGAGAAUAAACAAGUUUUUCCUCUGCGGCUCACCAGUGACAAGAAGGACAAGCACGACGGUGUCGGCCACUUUGCGUGGAUCAAGAACCUGUCGCGUCUCGUGAGCUCGCAACUAAGCAAAAAAGAGCACAAGAAAUAUUUCUGCGAUCGAUGCUUGCAUUACUUCAGCACGAAUGAGAAAUUGCAGUCGCACACAAUGGACUGCCAGAAGAUCAACGAUUGCGCUAUUCGGCUGCCGAGCGAGGACGAAAAGUGGCUCGAAUUUGGGAACCACUGCAACAAGGAGCGCGUCCCAUUCGUUGUCUACGCCGACCUGGAGUGCGUUUUACGGAAAACGGAACCCGAGAGGGAAGAUGCGUCAUCGUACGCGUAUCAAUGGCAUGAGGUAUUCAGCAUAAGCUACUACGUGCGUUGCUCGUACGAUGACGCGUUAUCGUCGUAUCAGUUCCGUCGCGACAAAGAUUGUAUAGCGUGGUUCGCGCGACAACUCAACGAUUUGGCGCAUCGCGUGAAAAAUAUCGUAUCCGCCAACGUGCCCAUGGAAACGUUGUCGAAAGAACAAUGGGAGGCGUACCGUAGCGCGACGCGUUGUCACAUUUGCGAGAAACCGUUCGCGUCGGACGACACGCGGGACACGCGCUUACCGCCGCGCGAAUCUUUUUACAGUUCGUUAACGGGCGAUACCGUAUCCGAGAGCGAUUACACUCACGCGGCGAACGUAUGGCAGCGAUUCUCCAUCCAAACGUUCGGCGAGUACAGUGAUCUGUACUUGAAAAUCGAUGUCUUGUUAUUAGCCGACAUUUUCGAAAAUUUCCGCGAAAGUUGCGUCGCGAGUUACGGUCUCGAUCCCGCACAUUGUUACACCUUCCCUGGUUUCACGUGGGACGCUAACAUAUGUUCAAACAUACGCGUGUAA